AUGGCGAAGGCUAAGCUUGGCAGACUAAUUGAGAAUAAGUAUUAUACUUCCGCACACAACGCACACGGUACCUUGAAACUACGACAGAUACUGUCAAACUUGUCGAUCAUCACCGGUGACCAGACAGCGGUAAUCCUGCUGGCACCUGUAAUUUUCAUGUUGCUAAGGCAUAUGUUAUCGAUUAUCGAUGUCUCACGGAGUCCUUCCUCGAGGCAGCGCAUGGCCACACAACGUUGGCUCGCCAAGCCAGGUGUUCGAGACUCUCAAAAUGCGAAGGCGCGUGUUCGCACAGCUCGCAAUAGAGCAAAUCUCAAGAAAAAAGGAAUCCAGUCUCACGUUGACAGCCCAUUCGAUGACGAAGGCAUGGCUGCCAUCGGAUCACCCCCAUCAGAUGGCGAAGAUAUUGUGGCCAUUGGAUCACCCCCAUCAGACGGCGAAGAUAUUGUGGCCAUCGGUUCACCCCCAUCGCACAACAGUUAUGGUCAGUUUAAUCAUGACGACAGUGUCCUCAGCAUGGAAAACGAUCCAUCGGACAGUCAUGAUCAGUUCGAUCAUGAUGACAGUAUCCUCAGCAUGGACAACGAUCUACCAUGCUCUUGCGAUGUUCCAACACUGCAAGCACUUGAAAUCCUCGUUGGACAAUGGCAGAAGGACUGGGGGUCAGAAAGCACCACGUGGAAUGAAGUGUUUGAUACAGAACUUGCAUGCUCUCGCGCAAAGGGAGAACGGGCCGCUACUUUAUUCUUUGAUCAAGUCGCACAACGAGCUAUGGAUGGGAGGAUGCUACUGGAAAGUAUUCGGGAUGUCAUGCACACACACUGCUCAUAUUGCAGGGAGCACCUUAAGUACGAUGCCAUCCUACUGUACGACUUACUAGUUUUAGUCCUUUCAGAGGUAAAAUUCUUCGAAGUCAAACUAGAUACAGUACGUCACUAG